GAGUAGUGGGGAUAUCGGACGCAAGCAUGCAGGCGCAUUACGAAGCGAAACGAGAAAGUGGUGGCGUGAGAGUAGUAGCGUUCGAGUUUACUGCGUGGAAGCCAGACCUUUUGUCAGCUUUUGUCUCUUCCUUCCGUAGAGAAGUUUGUUUAUUCCUUUAGCUAGCUCAUAACCGCCCUUCCGAUAUUCCCUUUUUUAAUCCAGAUUCCAAUAUCCUUUCGAAGCAAACAUUUAAAUAGAUGGUGAAUUAAAAAUAAGUCCGUGUGUGUGUGUGUGUGUGUGCAUUGCGUGAACCCGGUAUGGCCGGUCGUUGAUUGGUUUUAUUGAUGUUGUUCAUCGCGAUGAGUAAUAAAUCAGCUGCGUCUCUCUGAUGAACAUGGACAAGCCGGAUUCUAAAAUGUCAUCUCUAUUAUCCGAAUGCUACCACAAACUUGUCGAUUCGACUUCGUCGACUGAAUUGCCGUUGAAAGGUUACAAGGUCACCGACGUCAAUCGAACCCGUAAAAUUGGGGUGGCCUGCAGUGGUCUGCAAGAGUUCAAGCAAAAGGCCUGCGCAAAACUAAACGUGACGGAGGAUUUGGAAGAAAUCGAAGUAUUUUUGCUGGAUGGUUCCGAAGUCGACGAAGAAUAUUUUAAAACUCUGCCAGCUCAGACAACGCUCAUCCUUCGGAGACCAGGCGAGAAACUUUUGACAGAAGCGGAUAUACUUUAUCAGAUGCUGAAGAAGGUGAACGAGUCUUAUUUGUCCAGCGGUCAAAAAGCCGAAGAAUUUCUCACGGAUAAGUUAAAAGUCAAACUAGCAGUACUUCAUAAAGCUUUAAAUGACGAUGAUUCCAAAACAGUGCUUAGUAAUCGAAAAGACGAUCCUGCUUGGUUCGAUGGCUUAGAAACGACAUCUCAAACAAAGGAGGCUUACUUGCACCGAAGAUGCCAAGAUAGAAUAAGAGGAUAUCUCUACAAGACUAUUGAGCAGAUCAAGGCUUCGGAAAUCUAUAAUAAUGACAAAAAAGCUCGGAGCGUACUUGAAAGCGUCAUAAUUUUUUUCAAGUUACAAUUAAAGAAAGAUCAUUAUUUUGGUUUUUAUUUUGACCGGACUUAUUCGCCCAAACCUGAUAUGAAAGAGGGCGCUGAGUCAGGGAAUAGCUUGCCUGAUGAUGAAACUGACGGCUCGGGGAUAUGUCGUUACGAGCACUGUCCUUGCAGACUAAGUUGGUCAGACUACGAAAAGUUCAUUAUGGGUUUGAAUGUUGACGAGGUAGAUGCCAAAAAAUUUGACCGAACAAAAGAAGAAAUUCAACAACUCAAAGAGCAGAAAAGUAUUUACAAAAUUACCAUUAGGAACGUCAAAAGCAUGACUGCUCUGUGUGAUAAGAAAGGUGAAUUUCGAUGCUCCGGAACUUGGAAUCGUAAUGAAUGUUUAUAUUCUGAUUGUCAUAAAAUUAAUCCUUAUCGAUCAAAGGAAGAGCUUGUUUUAUUUUCUACCUGGAACCUCGAUCACAAAAUUGAACGAUCCAGAACAUUAAUACCACAACUAUUGGAAGCAGCAAGAAAAGAUAUAUUGGAUGAAAAUGAAGUAGUCGAAAUAUAUAACAAUCUCUUCACAUCUAAAAAUUUAAGACUCGUACACAUAGUAUGUCAUGAUAAAAGUUCGCACAAAUAAUGUUUAUUCUUGAAAUGAUGACGGACGUUGAAUUUUUUUCAAGUUAAGACUAUUUUCUAAAUUUUAUUAAGGAAUAUUAUGUUUUUCUAGUCGUUCGUUGUUCUUGGAAAUUAUGCUAAUUAACAAUUUGAUUAUUUUAAAAAGACUGCGACUACAUAUAUUUUUAGUAGUUUACUUUGAGAUAAAAGCUUUAAGAAUACAAUAAUCUGUAAAGUUCUGAUAUAAAUGCUUUAUAGAUAAGCGUUUUCACUUGAGAUAUUUUACGCGAGGAAAGUAUUAAAACAGGGUUACGAGUGAUUCCUAAUAACAUAUAAUAAAGCAUUGGCGACGACCAAACUUCAACUUUUUAAACUGUGAUCGCUUGGGUGCGUACUGUCCAUAUCGCAUAAUACAGAUAUAUGCGAAUGAUUUAUUUUGUAUGAUAUUGUGUGAUGAGUCCUGAUGAUUAUAGCGCAGGCAAAGAUUAUAAGUAUUUCAAAUGAUAUUGAAGCAAUCAAAUAUUUUCAUAACAUCGCUUGAAUUGUUAUGGUUUCAAAAUUUAAUAAAUGUUGACUUUGAAAUUGCGCAAGAUAUAUGGUAACAACAAAUUGUUGGAUUGAUGUUCUGAUUUGUAAUAUAACAAAUCUAAAUAAAUAUUGUUA